AUGUACGGAGUGCGGAUGGACAUAUGUAUGUACCUCGCGGGAAGGGAAGGGAAAAGAUAUGUCCGUCUGCAUGCACUCUCGCUCACGGCACCCAUCGCAGCAGCGCAUCGCAUCGCAUCGCCGUUCCUUGACCAGGGUCCCCCCGGCUUCACACUCCCGGACCCGUCAGUUCUGCAUGGAACGCACUAUGGACUUGCUCUAUCACAUCCAGCUACGGACUCCAUCGAGGCCAAACGGUCGACCACGACAGCACUUCUUUCAGGCGCUUCUCCCAUCCAUCAGAACCCGCCGCCUUUUCAAAUACUCUCUACGCUCUACUGGCCGCUGCUCAUUGCUUCUUCCCUGCAUCGUGUCUGGCAGGCCCUCCUUAGCUACCGUCUCACCCGCGGGACUCCUUCCAUGCGAUUCCGAUUUGUUGACCUGCUCGGUGAACGAAGAAGAAGAAGCAAAGAGAGCAGAGCAACAGGUUCUUUUAUUUCAUAUCGGCCUGGAGUACUUGAGUGCUUGCAUAUAUACGCUUAUUUGCUUCUUCCCAACGACCGCAGAAGCAAGCAUCCAUCACCUUUCCCUCGCCUGUAUAUUUAUUUUUCUACUUUUGUCACUAUUGCUAAUCCAUAUAAUUCUUUUGGCUCUGUAUUUUUGGUCCUCUUCAUAAUUUCUGGGGCCUGA